UCGAAAAACCGGUUCUACAGUUUCUUUCAUGCCGUAGUCGGAAGAGGCCACGUCUUUGUGAGAUCUCAAGAAUACCGCCUUCAGGUGUGUUUGUUCUUGAAAGAAGAUGAACCUGUUGUUGUCAUUUUAGAACAAUAUACACUAAAACCAAUACUGGUCUUUCAAUGGUAGUUGAAACCUAGCCACAACAUUUGGAUUAAUAGUUUGUGAAAUCGUUAUGAUACUAAUUAUUUAUUAAGUUUGCUGUUUAUUAUACAGAAUAGAAAACUGAGAAAAUCCCGAUAAGUGGGUAUAGCUCAUAACAGUCACCACAUGUACCAUAGACUAAAAUGAUAUUUUCAGCUUUAGUACUAUUUAGCUAUUUAGGCCUAUCAGUUGCCAAUCGUCCACCUAUUUUCCUAAGAAACAUUGAUUUAGCUGUUAUUAAAGAAAACACCCCCAUUGGUUCUGUGUUUUUCCAAUUAUUGGGUUCUGACCCAGAAAAUUCUACAAUUACAUACGGGCUUGAGGGGACAGAUAGAUUUCGUGUAAACAGUACAACUGGAAUAAUUACAGUUGCUGAACCCAUUGACAGAGAGGAAAAUGACAGCCUAAGAUUUUACGUGACUCUUGAAGAUGUGGUUGGUGCUGGACAAGAUAAUAAUUUGGUCAGAGUUCCAGUAACUGUUAUAAUAUUGGAUGAAAAUGACAACGAACCGGUUUUUCAUAACACACCUUACAAGACAAGCAUUCCAGAAGAUACUCCAAUUGGAACAACGGUUAUUGAUAAUAUCAGAAUAACAGAUGCCGAUGAUGUUGGAGGUAUCUUGCAAAUCAGAUGUGAUUUUCAUCCACAGUUUCCAUCUGCUUGUGACAAAUUUUCGGUAGUCACCCAAUCCUCUUCACCCCAAUCUUCCUCAGCUGCAUUAGUUCUUCGCAAAAAUUUAGAUUACUCAGAAAACAAGAACUUUCGUCUCAGGCUUAUUGCUGAUGAUGGUCGCUACAACACUUCAGAGACAGUCAACAUUGAUGUAAAUGAUGUCCAAAACAGGCCGCCCGUAUUUAUGGGGUCGCUGACUGGUAUUGUAGACGAAGAUGUUCCUGUGGGAACUCUAGUAAUCACGUUACAUGCUAAAGAUGGAGACGAAGGAAGUCCCAGAAAAGUUAUUUAUGAACUGGUGACAAAUCCUGAGGAAUUCUUUAGCGUGCAUCCGGAAACUGGAGAAUUAAGAACUGCUAGGCUUCUGGACAAAGAAAUAUUUCCAUCAUCAAAUGGUGUUAUAAAUGUUGGCGUAAAGGCUACUGAAGUUAUGUCCAAUGGAGCUCUAGCUGUUGGUAAUGAAGCCUGGACAGUAGCAGCACUGAUGAUUACAAUAAGGGAUGUAAACGACGAACCACCGACUUUCAACAAAAUUAGUUACACUGUCAAUUUGAACGAGAACGUCGCUAAUGGUACACCUUUGCCUAACCUCGACAUGUUUGUUCAGGACACGGACACGGGGUCUAAUUCUGUCUUCAAUAUUGAGUUAGUGGAUGAUUCAGGCAUCUUCAGUGUUGAGCCAAACUUGGCGACUGGCUCGUCUUCAGUUAGCAUUCGAGUUUCAAAUGGGCCUCUUGAUUACGAAAAUCCUAAUCAAAGGAAAUUUAUCCUGUUGGUUGUUGCCAAAGAAGCUUUCACGAAUCCUCAGCUGUCUGGCACGGGGACUGUAACAGUAAAUAUUUUAGACACUAACGACAAUGCGCCAAGAUUUGACAAACCUGAAUAUAAGGCCAGUGUAAUUGAAAAUGCACCUGCUGGGACAGUUGUAGACACUAUAACAGCUACAGAUAGAGACACUAAGAAAUUCGGUGAGGCCGGUAUCAUCUAUUCAAUUUUUGGAAACGGAGCUGAAAAAUUCCAUGUAGGAGAUAGAUCUGGUGUUAUCACAGUUGCUUCUUGCCUGACUCCCGGAUCCGGUAACUGCCUAGAUUUUGAAACAAGACCCACUUAUUACCUGUCCUAUCAAGCUGUUGAUGAAUUAGGUGAUGGAUUAGCUGCUGUUGUCCCUCUCACCAUCUCCCUUUCUGACGCUAACGAUAAUGCACCAGCUUUUAUACAUGACUCAUACUCCGCAACUAUUGAUGAAGGUGCAUUUAAAUUUGACACUCCCCUAAGAGUUCAGGCAGUGGACGCAGAUGCAACAUCGGUUGUGCAGUAUUCGAUCAUAGCAGGCAACAAUCACAAUAUCUUUGCCAUCGACGGGAGAUCUGGAGAAAUAACAGUUGCUCAGAGGAAUGGUUUGGAUGUAUCAGCUUUGAAAACAGACCAAAUUAUUCUCACUGUUCAAGCUAGUGAUGGAGGAAGUGGUAUAGUAACAACAACAGUAAAAAUUACAGUUAAGGAUGCAAAUAACAAUGAACCUAUAUUUCAAAAGCCAAUAUACACUGCUAAUAUCCCAGAAUCGUCACCAGCUGGUACUAUCGUCGAGCAAGUUUCAGCUUCAGAUGCUGAUACUGGCGUGAACGCUGAACUCUCAUAUAGAAUUCAAAGAGGUGGUUUUGACGACUUCCUAAUAGAUUCUAAUUCCGGUGAAAUAACAGUAAAAAGUGGAGCCAAACUUGAUUAUGAUCGAAGAAAAGAAUAUAACAUUGAAGUUAUAGCAGUUGAUCAUGGAAGCCCUAUACACACAGGAACUGCUACUUUGGUGGUUACUAUCCUAAACAGCAACGAUAAAGCUCCUUACUUUACACCUUCAACACAGCGUACACAAGUUACAGAAGAUCAGAAUGAGGGACACGUAUUUUAUACGCUGAAAGCAGCUGAUCCUGAUAUUAGCAGUCCAGAUUCUUUAGUGUAUGCCAUCUCAGAACCAAUCACUGCUACUGACAAAGAUGGAAGACAGUUGCCCUCACAAGUAUCUGGAUAUAAGGCUUUCUUUGAUGUUGCCCCAGAAACUGGAGAAGUUCGAGUCUCGAGCCGACUUGAUCGAGAAAUGGCCGCCAUCGUCACCAUGACUGUUGUGGUAACAGAUAUUAGUGCUACGCCUCCCCAAACUGGAACAGGUACUCUGGUUGUGACAAUCAUCGAUUUGAAUGACUUUCCGCCAACUUUUUCUCGCCCUUGGAUUCCCGAAAAUCCUGAAAUACACAUCAAUGCUAUGGAAGAACAACCAAAAGGAAGCGUUGUGACUACACUUGUUGCUACAGAUCCUGAUUCAAAUAUUGCAGAAUACAGAAUUGAACCUGAAAACGAAUUCUUUCAUAUCGAUCAAACAUCAGGCGUCGUAACUGUAAAGAGCCGUGUAGAUUACGAAUCAGUGCAUCAAAUAGAUUUCAAAGUAGUGGUCUAUGAUACAGGUAUGCCACAGAUGUCAGCUUCAGCACUCAUCAUGGCAAAGAUCAUUAAUAUUAACGACAAUGACCCUAUGUUUGAUAAGAGUUCUUAUCAUGCAGCGGUGGCCGAGAAUUCCCCUCAAGGAACGAGUGUUAUACAAGUUAGAGCAAUAGAUGCUGAUGCCGAUGACUUUGGCGAAAUUCGUUAUUCGCUCCUUGGCGAGAGAAGUCUCGACUUCACAAUUGAUCAAAAGGGAAUUAUUCGAGUGGCUGCAGCGGCUAAUCUUGAUCGAGAAACUACAGCUUCUAUCACACUCCAAGUAGUUGCAACUGACCAAGGACAGGACACCAACACUAGGAGAGCCAUAUCUGUACCGUUGUACAUAGCCCUUGAAGAUCAGAAUGACAAUCCACCUGUAUUCAGCCAGCGGGAGUACGAAGCCUCAGUAGUAUCCAACCUACCUGUAUCGCCUCCUUCCACUGUACUACAACUCACAGCUGACGAUAAAGACAUUGGAGAAAAUGCUAAGAUACUGUACAGCAUUGUAUCUGGAAACGAUAAAGGUGUGUUUGAUAUGAAUGGAGAAUCAGGAGUCAUUUAUCCAAAAAAAGAAUUGCCUGAGAACGUAAAAGCAUUCAAACUGAAAGUUAGAGCAGAGAAUAUUAAUGAUGGGACAAGUAUGGACGAAGCUAUUGUUCAUGUUCGAAUCGUAGAAAUCAAUCAAGAUAAACCCAAGUUCAUUGUUCCAGCCACACCAAACGCAACAGUGGAAAUACCAGAGAACCAAAGCGUUCCAGACUUUCUUGUAAUGAUAGUAUCAGCUGAAGACAAAGAUCGCGGAGAAAAUGGACGUGUUUCUUACUACCUCAAAGUUGGGGACACGAAUGUUGAAGAAACAGAACACUUCCGGAUAAAUCCAGUCACCGGCGAAGUUCGAACUAAGGCCAUUUUGGAUCGAGAAGAGAAUGCAAAAUACCAGUUGGUUCUAGCUGCCCGAGAUAAUGGCUCUCCAACUGUUUUCGAGUCUCUUCGAUUUCUAACUAUUGUUGUCAUGGAUGUGGACGAUAACAGUCCAGAAUUUCCCCGCACUCAGACCACCAAUCCAUAUGUAUUUACGCUAGAAGAGAAUUUGCCAGUCAAUUUUCCUAUUGGUCGAGUUCAUGCUCAAGACAAAGAUGUUGGGGAAAAUGCUUUAAUUUACUACUACAUUGUAGAUGGGAAUUUUGGAGGAAAUUUCAUUGUCGAGAAAACAACUGGAACAAUCAAAUCUAAUGCAUCCUUCGACAGGGAAGAAAGAGAAGCAUUCGAAAUAGUUGUUAAGGCAACCAGUAAUCCAGAUUAUAUUGUUUAUGAGAGAGAAGAAGAGCAGGGAUUUUCUGCAGCCUCGCGAAGCUAUAGAGAAGAAGAUUUAUCACUAGCCCUUGUACGCAUCACCAUAUCUGAUGUGAAUGACAAUACGCCAAGAUUCUUAAAUGAUCCUUAUCUUGCAGGCAUUAAAACUUCCACCCAAGUUGGUGAUCUCGUCGCUACUGUAUCAGCCAUGGAUCCUGAUGUUGGAAACAAUGGAAAAUUUGAAUACAGACUGGAUGCCAUCAGACUUUUCCGUCCUGGUGUUCCUGGCAGUGUGCGACCUGUACCAUCUCCUUUCAAUAUAUCGAGUGAUGGUCACAUCACAGCUGUCCAGCUUAUGGCUCAGUAUGAUCAUUCACGCUUUGAACUAAAAGUUGCGGCCAAAGAGGUAGCUUCGCCGUUCAGAGUAGCGAAAGCAACGGUUAAAGUGCACUCAUUAUUUUUUAACAAAAUAUUUUAUUUAUAUUUUUACUUUAGGACUGAUCUUUAUAUUCAUGUAGUAAAUAAUCAAGAUGAAAUGAUGUUGAUUCCUCAAGUAUUAGAAGCAGUGGAUUCCAACUCAAAAGUUCUCAGUGAACAUGCAGAAUUUAAAAUUCACAAAAUAGUUCCAGCUUAUGUGAGUUUUUUGGAAGAAGAAUUUGACAUGGCCUUAGCUGCACUAAUUGCGCUGCUGGUAGUCAUUUUCGUUGGUGUUAUCACCAUGAUUGUCUGUUGCCUUUGCUUGAAGAAAUGGUACACAGUGAAAAUACAAGAAGCUCUCAUACCUCGAGAGGAAGCAGAUAAUAUGAACACAACAGAGAAUCCAUUGUGGACAGAACAAAAAUUAAAGCUGUACGAAGAACAGGAAUUAAGUAUGAGUGUUGUACCUGAUCAUGGAAUAGAAAGUCAUCGCCAGAUCACGGCAGCAGAAGUGGAAUCAGAUGCUGUCUAUGCCACUUUAAGAAAAGGCAACAGAAUGGCAACAUUUCAUCAACAACCUAUAAACGAAUACGCUACUCUUGAUGGAUGCUCAACGGGUCAAACACUCGACAUACAACCAGAGAAUCAUGAAUAUCAUGAAUUAAAUACUCGUCAGCCUUCUGGAUACAUGACAUCGGAAGCGUCAAUCCUCUGUUCUUCACCAGAAGACACACAGCAUCAGUCAUCUCUCACAAUCGACAAAGAUGGUGAACCCGUCUUGGUGACAGAACUUUUAUAGAAAAAGAAGAUCUCAUCGCUGGUCGAUGAAGAUAGUUGUUUUACAAAAAACUAUACUAAAGGAAUCGUGAUGCCGAUCUUCAUAGCAUUCUUUUCGAUUUAGAAGAGAAAAAAGUACGAGCUAGUGCAUCCAUCUGUCAAUCUAUGUCAAUUGAAAUAAUAUUAAUUUAAUUAUUAUAAUUAAAUUUGAUUUUAAAUAUUUAAAUCAUGUUUACUGUUAAGAUGUGAAAAAAAACUCGUAAUCAGUCGUAAAAUCUAAAAAAUUAAGAAAAAAAACAUGAUUCUAGAAAUGAGAUUUUGAAAGGAAAUUACAUUUUUUUUAAAAAAAAUUCUCUUAAUAUGGGUUCGUAGUAGACAUUGACAGUAACGUCUCGGAGUAAUAUUUGCAAGUCUAAAUACGCCAUCUGAACUUGACUGAUUACCUCCCGCACUUUGUUGUAAGAAGUGACAUUUAAAAUAUAACGAAUCUACGUCACUAGUCAAUGCUGCGCUUCCUCAGAAAUCCCUAAAAAACAUUACAGUCAGUGUGAACUAACCCUUACGACUAGACGACACAGAUGAAUAAAAUGUUCGUAAAAAAAAUAGAUUACAUUUUUUAACAUUUAGGAGUUGUUUUUAUAAAUCUAUACUUUAAUAGUAAGUUGUUUAAUUGCGUAAAGAAAAGAAUAAAAUAUUCUAAAAAUUGAAUUUAAAAUAACAAAAGUCAUACAGUUACCAUUAAUUGUCUUAUCAUUCAAUAUAAAUUACCCUAUUAGUAAAUUAUGCUGCCAGAAACACAGUGAUGUUCUUCAUAAAAAUAAAGAUACUCUCGCGAUAGAGGGUUACAUUUUUGACAGCUUUUUUCCUUAAAAUUCAAUAAAUAACAUCCAAUAGGGAUUUUUGAGCAAUCUGCUAAUGGCUAUAUAAUUUAUUUAUUUUUUAAAUAUUUGAUUUUAUCAUAGAAGCAUUCCAUCUGUAACAUAAAUCAGAAAAUUACCAGUAACUUAUUUGAUUCAAUAAAAAAUCUGACUACCAUUACAUGAUUCAUUACUGCACACGACAAUCGAGAAAAAUGAGUUACCAAGGAAAUAGAAAUUACAUUACUUAUACUAAUAACCAUGGAGAAAAAAAAAAGCAUCAAAAUGUUCCUUAUGAUUACAUAAAUCUAAUCAAGUGUAAUUUUUUUUUGAUACAGUGUGUAUUUAAAAGACAAGUUAUAUUUCACACCUUUGAAUCGUAUAUUUUCACCACAUUAAAAAUAAAAUGUUUUUGUAUGUUGAAGAAUAUUAAGUACUUGACGUUCGAAUGUUUACAAUUGUACGUAUUUUGUUGUAUUAUGCUUGUUGUCAUGUUUUUAGAAAAGUUUUAUAUUAUAUUUUAUUUUGAUACUGAGUUGAGAGCAAUAAAAAAUACUG